AUGUCGGAAUCAGAAACAAAUCAAUUAGAAACAACUAAUGGUUUGAAACGUAAAAAUGAAGAAGUUGAUGAAUCAUCUGAUCAAAAUAAAGAUGAUGAUAGUAAUAACAAUAAUAAUGAUUCAUCAUCUCAUAAUUCUAAAAGGAUAGCUUUAGAUAGUGAACAAUUAGAAUCAAAUGAUAAAAGCAAUGAAACUGAAAAUGAAGAAGUAGCACCAGCUAUUGGUAGUUCAUUAACUGAGGAAGUCGCAGAUGAAGAAGAAUCAAAACCAGAAAAGGAAGAAGAAGAAAAUCAACAGGAGUCAAACAAGGAAGAAGAAAUAGAUACUAAAGAAGAAGAUAUUGAAAAAACACUUAGAUCAUUACAAAAUCCAGUAUUCAAUAAUAAUGUUAACAGUAGUAAUCAAGAUACUCAAGCAAAACCUUCUAACUAUUCUCAACAAGCUGUUGAAGAUUUUCUACAACAAGCUGGUCUAUCAUCUAAUGUUCCACAACAACAACAACAACAGCAACCUAAUCAAUUUCAACAUCAAGGCUUUGAACAAGAUUCUGAAACAUCUUCAUCAUCAUCCAAACCAGUUUCAAGUCAUUUAAAAGAAAAAGACUCAGAUAUAUCAUCUAGAAUGUUAUGUCCAGUUAAAGAAGCAAGUACAAUAGUUGGUAAACAAGGUUCAAAAAUAAAUCAUUUAAGAGAAAAAGCAUCAGUUAAAAUUCAAGUUAGUGAUAAUUUGAAAGGAAUUCCAGAAAGAAUUACAACUGUUAAAGGUUCACCAGAAAAUGUUGCUAAAGCAUAUGGAUUAAUUGUUAGAACUAUAUUAAAUGAAGAUGAAGAUGAACCAGCAAAUUUAAAAAGUCAACAAUAUAAUUUAAAAUUAUUAAUUCCUCAUCCAUUAAUUGGUUUUAUUAUUGGUAAACAAGGUUCAAAAUUUAGAGAAAUUGAAGAAAAUUCAGCAGCAAAAUUAAAAGCUGCAGAAACUCCAUUACCUUAUUCAACUGAUAGAAUAUUAAGUGUUGUUGGAGUUGCUGAUGCUAUUCAUAUAGCUGUUUAUUAUAUUGCACAAAUUGUUAAUGAACAUAAAGACGUUUUGAAAAAAAAUAAAGUUAUUUUAUAUAAUACUGCAAAUUAUCAACAUACUGAUCCAUUUGGUGAACCACCUCAACAACAUCAAUUUCAACCACAAUCAAAUUAUCAACAAUCUUAUGGAGGUGUUGGUGGUGGUGCAAAUUCAAUUCCAAUCGGUGGAGGAAGCUAUCAAAGUCAACCACCUUUCCAAUCACCACCACCACAACAACAAUCUCAAUAUAAUUUUGAAUCAUUAUUUCAACCAUCAAUGCCACCUCAACAACAAUAUGGAGUUAGUUCAAUAGGUAUGACUCAACAAAAUUUACCACCAUCAUCAAUUUCAUCAUCAAAUAUCCCACCUCAAAAUCAAUUUACUGAUGAAUAUGGUAAUACAAUGAUUGGAGAGGUUAUAAUUCAUCAACCAGUUCAGACAGGUGAUAAAUUUAAUCAAGAUGUAUUUGUUGCAAAUUCAUCAAUUGGUUCAGUUAUUGGAAAAGGUGGGAAUAAUAUUAAACAUAUUAGAGAAAAUAGUGGUUGUACUUAUGUUAAAAUUGAACCUGAUAGAGGUCAAUCUAUAAUGAUUGGUGGUGGUAGAGGUUUAACUAAUAUUAGAAGAUUAACUUUAACUGGUUCUUUAGAUUCUUUCCAAAAAGCAAUUUAUUUAAUUAAUCAAAGAAUUAAUGCCGAUAGAGAAAGAAAUACUAGAUAA